GUUAUGCUUUGCACCAUUGACUCUUCAUGGUUCUGAACUAGAGUAGGGAUACGGGCAAGCCUGGCACUUCCGCCACCGCCGAGAUUGCCACCAAUACACUGCCCUAUACGCCCCAGCUUCGGAUCUAACAACUGGCGAAUUGACAGCAAUACAACACUAGCCCCAGCAGCAGCACCAUGAACAGUAUCACCACGACCAGCUACCAGCACUCCGAGAAAGCAAUCCUGUCCCCUAUGGAGAUAACAAUCACCCGCAGCACCCGUACCUCGGCGUGUCGCCGAGUAUGGUACCACUGAGCAUCGCAGAGGCCCUACCGGUCGAUCCGGCUCUUGCCACGGUCGGCGGUUGCGCCUCUCCUGUCCUGCGCCCGGUGCCUGUCCGUGGAGUCAUGCCUCAGCCGGCGAUGAACUCUCCGGCCGCUGUAUCGGCCGUUCGGGUUCUCCGGAAGAAUGUUUCUUGCCCUGCCUGCGGCAAAACUGGCCUACGCGCGACGUCCCUGAAGCGCCACCUUCGGACGCACUCCGGGGACCGGCCGUACAAGUGUGACCUGUGCCACAACACCUUCACUCGCAGCGACACCCGCAACUGGCACUUUCAGAGGUGCUCCGUCCGCCACGGCAACCCGACUGGUGCGAGCCACGCGCCUCACCCCUAAGCGUACGCCGAAAAGAAUGCGGCUGCCCGACAGAACCCUAUAGCUUCGGUGAAUUCGGGCGCCUGCUCCGUGGGGCGUUUGUGAGACGGAGGGGCGGGACAAAACGGGCCCGGUUGAUAGGUCGGGGCAUCUCGGAACUGCAGCGUCGGUCAAUAGUCGGAGCGGCAUGUACCUCAAUGGAUGGAUGCUAGACAUGCGCUAGAGAUCCAAAGAGUACAAAAUGACAAUUGAUUCGCUUAGGGGCGAGGGCGGGGGCGAAGGAGAAAAGGGAUUGAGGUGGAUAAUACGAAUGGUUUUCCAAGGAAAAAGCCACAUUUGCCGGAAUAAUUACACAUGUAUAGUAGCGCACGCCACGCGUCUAUUUAUAUAAAUAAGUCUCCCACUUAGUUCCAGUACCCUCGACCGUAAACAUCUU